AUGGCCGAGACAACAACCAAACACAGCCGCGAAAUCCCCGCUUGCCGAGCCACGGAGCAUGGCGUGGCCGGCCAAGUCAGAUAUGUGAAUACUACCUCUCAACUCGACGCUGGCGUCCGCCUGGUAUCGGCCCAAGUUCACAAGAAAGACUCGGAGUGGCAUUUGUGUCAUACGGGCUGCGAUUACCUAGAUGCAGGGAAACUGAGUUCGUGGUUGAAGGAAAUCAAGACCUGGUUAGACUCGAACACUAAUGACGUGGUAACUGUGCUACUGGUCAAUUCCGACAAUGCUGCGGCCUCCGACCUCGAUUCGGAAUUCAAAGCGGCUGACAUCACGAAAUAUGCCUAUAAACCUACCUCGCAGACCACCGCCCCGUCCUCGUGGCCAACUCUGCAAGAUUUAAUCAAGGGUAACACCAGGCUGAUCACUUUUGUGGCAUCACUGGACGCAUCCAAAAAUACUGUCGCUCCAUACCUCAUGGACGAGUUCACUUUCAUCUGGGAGAAUCCGUACGACGUGACGUCACCGUCCAACUUCUCUUGCAACCCUGAUCGCCCGAGCAGCGUCAAAAACAAUCUUUCUGCUGCCUUAUCUUCGAACCGCUUGCCGUUUAUGAAUCAUUUCCUCUAUCAGUCCGUCAUCUUCAAUAUCCAACAGCCAAAUACCAGCUACGUUUCUACAACGAAUGCUCCCUCUGGGGGAACAGGAAACCUCGGGGAUGCGGCGUCUAAGUGCAAGGAAGUGUACAACCGUCAGCCGGCCUUCAUCCUUGUGGACUACUUUGACAAGGGGCCUGCCAUUGAUACCGUGGAUAAGCUCAAUGGCGUUAGCUCCCCCGUGGGGCGUAAAAAUGUAACGGCCAUUUCUGAAACAAGCACGGCAUCCACAUAUACGAAUGUCUUCAAAGGCCUCGUUGAGGUCGUCCAGAAGGCUAGGUCCGGCGCAAACCCAAGCAUGGGUGAGUGGGUGUGGGCAGGAGGCGACUGGGGAUUACUCGGCGGUGGAAUCUCCCUCUAA